UAUAGGGAAUAAGGCUAUAUAUUAUCAAACUGACUGCGAAUUAUCUUGAAGCAAAUGUGUAAUACAUAUUUAGUGUGGAAAUAAGGCAAUACGAAAUGAAGUAAAUGACUUAAUGGGAGUGGUCCGAUAACGCUGAUAUCGCGUACUCUUUGACCGAGGCGCGAGAGAUAUAAGUGAGCGAGACGCCCGCGGCCCGCUUUCAGUAUGAAGAUGCCCGCCCGGGCCAGUGAUAGUGUGAACAAAGUGUGGGGGGGCUCACCUCCCGACAGUGAUGGACUCAGUGUGUCGCCGCCCUCACCGGCGUCCCCCGUGGCCACGGCCCCCCCGCGGCGCCUGCUGCACCGCCUCAGUUCCGGGUACCUGUCCGAGGGGAGGUCCACCCCCUCGCCACCCCCCGAGCUCUCGGAGGACGGUAUCGUAACGUACUUCCUGCUUCACUUCAUCCCCGGCCUGGUGGGCGCCCUCUUCUACCUGGUGUGGACCCAGGUCAUCCUGUUCGGGCCGACGCUCUGGGUGUCCUUCUGGCUGUGGUGUCUCGGCAAGUUGGUGUCCAUGCCGCUGGAGUUGACCAAGUGGAUAUUGACCGUGCUGACCGUGCCCGCCUCCGAGCGGCUCAGACGCAAGAGGACUGUGCUGAUCAGCGGGGGCAGCACGAUACAGGCCGUGCACCUCGCGAGGAACUUCCAGGCCGCGGGUGCUCGGGUCGUGGUGUUCGACGUGCAGGGGAACUUCGGCCUGGCGAGGUUCUCCACGGCCGUGGACCGAUACUACACCGUGCCGUGCCCCGUGGGCGACCGCGCGGACCGGUACGUCGCCGCCGUCAAGCACAUAGUGGAGGAGGAGAGAGCCGUCUACUACAUCCCGGUCAGCUCGACCUCCACGGCCUACUACGACGCUCUGGUCAAGCCACACGUGGAGCUGAUGGGGUGCUCCUGUUUCUGUCCGGGCCUCAAGGAAGUGUGCGUGCUGGACGACGUGUUCGAGGUGAUGAGGCGCUGCCGCUCGGAGGGUAUGGCCACCCCGCUACACUACCCCGUGUCCAGUGUGGAGGAAGUGUACGCUCUGUACGAGAGAGGCACCCUGGGCUCGGGCAGGCACGUCAUGAUCAACGUGGGGCCUCUCGGCUGUCGGGACCGAGUCAGAGUCGUGCUCCCGCCCAAGAUGCAGGACCUGAAAGUGAAGCACCAGGUGAGCACGCAGCGGCCUUGGGUGAUCGUGCGAGACUACCCCGGGGACCACUUCAUCACCUGCACGACCGUCAAGGAGUCCGCGGUGAUCGCCAACGUCACCUGCAGAGUGGAGACGGUCCACGGCGGCCUGACCCCGGUCGAGCACCGAGAGAUCGACCUCUGGAUCAAGCAGUUCUUCGGCAAGCUCAAGUUCCUGAGGCCUCUCAACGGCCACAUCAGUUUCCGCUUCGUCGUGUCCUCCGCCAGCGGCAGUAUCGUCCCCCUGGGCUGCCGCGUGGGCGUGGCACUCCCGUACAUCUGCCACACGAGUGUCCACACCCGCAUGAUCUGGAAGCCUUGCAGGCACUUCAACCCGCAGUCGCCGGGACCCCUGGUCAGCGACAUCGGACGCUACUGGAUGCACCAAGUGGUCAUGGACACCCUGAAAUCUCCCGGGAUCGGGUCCGUCAAGAGACUCCUAGGCACCUUGAUCACGAAACAGGAGGCGUUGUUCGUCGUCUGGGACCCUCUCCCCUACUUCGCCUACUACCACAUCCAGCUACCCGUCACCAACCUCUUCAGGUUCCUCAGGGGCCAUCACAACAUCAACAACGGCGGCCACGGCUUCCGCAGGGUCGUGCCCAUCAGGUAGAGGCGAGACACCUUCGCCUGACGACGUGUAUCACGUGAUCACGUUAGCUCGGAGUGCACUGUAUCAGUGUUGUGAACUUUAGCCAAGUUUCGUCACCGUGUGACCCUAGUUUAGGAAGUGGUUGGUCCAGAGGUUGUUCGCUGUGGAAACUUUGAGCCGCUUUUAUCUCUCUGUUAUAUAAACAGGCAUUUUAAUUGGGGGCCCAAUCAACUUUAUCGGGUGUUUUGCCAUUUUUAAAGCACGUGCUCGUAGAUUAGUCGUUGCUUUUCGAUUGUGUCGAGUGCAUAACGUUAUUCGAAGAAUAGAAAUGAUGAAAAAGUAAUCUUGAGAACAAUAUUUUCAUAGCGGUUGCACUUUACACAGUUCUAUGCACUAGUUUAUCUCAGUUGAUAUGAAAGUGGCCUAAGCAUCGUAUGGAUUCUCAAUAAAUUGUCCUCACCUAACAUUUCGCAGGGAUUCCGUGAUCUUUAAACUUCAUAGUCAAAUUUUUAUUUACAAGUGCUCUUACAGACACAAGUUGUUGCAAUAGCUUUUGUAAAAAAUGUAUUUUCCGCUUAUAAAUAAAAUAUCAAGAGCAAUGAUUUCAUAAAACAUAGCUGAAAUGUUGUAUGUUAUUCCAAAAUUAAUACUUUCUUAAAAAUGUUUUAAACAAAAACGUGAAACAAUUUUAACAUGUUAAUUUAUACCCUGGCCAAGUAAAUAAAACGUUUUAUGUAAUAAUAAUAAUUAAAUAUUGAUAACAAAUUAGAGCCACAUCACGUAGAUACUGUAAGUAGGCGUUCUUAAGUUCUUAGUGACUGUUUUUAAUCAAACAAGAAGACUGAAAAACUUAAUUCCUCAGGAAUAUAUCUAGAACUGUUCGUAAAGAAAUAUUAAUACAAUAAGGUAAUCUGUUACUACUAUUUAUCUAGAGAACUUUGUGAAAGACACAAAUUAUUCACAAGCAUUUCGUAGCCGUAGGUUGAAAACUAAUAAAAUACUAUUAAAAAAAUCAUACUGGUUCAUAUAGGAAAUUAUUAACAUUGAUGCGCUAUUGUAUGAUUAAAAAGUUAUUAAU